UGAGCGCGCGACAAUAACAGAUUAAACCCCUUUCAGAUUAAAAGCUUUUUGAAGGCAGACUGGGUUCAAAAUGGAAGGGAAAUCCACUCGUUUGAAGAUAAUUCUACCAAUGCUAAAUAACAAAAUACAACCUUUUAGUCAAGUUUUGACAAAUGAUUUAUAGAUUGCUCUGGAAUCUGCCAGGGGGAUAAAAGCAGCGAACACACCACUGGAAUAACAGAGAGAUCAAACCAACCAUCACCAUUGGAUACUGAGAUAAAACCAUCCAACCCCGCUGGAAACAGAGUUAAAAGCAACUAACCCCGCUGGAUACAGAGUUAAAACCAACUAACCCGGCUGGAGACUUCAACAUCUUGAAGAUCGGACACCAACAGAGUGAAUCACCAUGGAAACGCAAUCUGAUCCCCAAUUGGCCAGCCAGACUGGCAGGCUACGCCCACAGAUUUUUUUCCUGCAGCAUCGCCAAAGACAGGGGGCGGGAUCUCUCCUAACCCACCAAGCUCAUUGGGUGAGGACAGUGCGAGCUACCUGUCGUCCACCAGUAGGAUCGCAGGAUCUCCUGCCCGCAGUGUGCUGCGCUUCGGCAUCAUGCAGACCAGAGUGACCCUGCUGGACGGGGCUGUCUACACCUGUUCUAUAGAGAAGCGCGUCAGAGGUCAGGUUCUGCUCCAGAAGGUGUGUGACCAUCUCAACCUGCUGGAGAGAGACUACUUUGGCCUCACCUACAAAGACUCAGACAACCAGAAGAACUGGUUAGCUCCAGCAAAGGAGAUGAAAAAACAAUUAAGAGGUGUCUCCUGGAACUUCUCCUUCAAUGUUAAGUUCUAUCCUCCUGAUCCUGUUCAGCUGUCAGAAGACCUCACUAGGUACUUCCUGUGUCUCCAGCUGAGAGACAUCGUCUCCGGGAGACUCCCGUGCUCAUUGGCUACUCACAUAGUACUGGGCUCCUACACCGUCCAAUCAGAGCUUGGCGACCAUGACCCUGAUGAGCUGGGCUGUGACUACGUCAGCGAGCCUGAGCUUCGCCUCCCAGUCAGACCAGGAGAUGGAGAGAGGAUAGUGGACCUCCACAAGACCUACAAGGGGAUGACUCCAGCUGUUGCUGAACUUCAUUCCUGGAGAUUGCAAAGAAACUGUCGAUGUACGGAGUGGACCUUCAUCAUGCCAAGCUCGUAGGAGGUCUGUUUGAUUGCUUGUCUGCAGCCCAAGCAGAGGUAAGACAGCCUUUUGUGCGCAUAGUGUGUGUGUACGUGUGUGUGAGAGAGAG